GGUCAAAAAGCGGCGAAGGGUUCCAACUUGCGCCGGCACGGUGGGGCCGGCCACGUCGAAACAGUGCGACCUCCACGGCUCAACCCCACGCGGCGCCAACACGUAGAGAUCCGGCGCGGCCGGCGUGGGGCGUGCGUGCGUCUCUCCAUCUCCGCCCCUCGGCUCGGGCCGACAAAAAGGGAGGCAACGCGGAGAGGGAGGAGAUCAACUGAGCAGAGCAGGAGAGCUCGAGGGAAGGAGAAAAGGAAGAAGGCGCCCUCAAACCCAAAAAAGCUUCGCCCAGCUUCCGUCGGCCGGAGCCGGAGGGAGAUUAAGCUAGCAGUAGAGAUCCGAUCUGAACCAGUAGCAGUGCGACUUUGUCCAGAAAGAAAGCGACAGAAUAGGGUUUCAAUUGCGACGGCAAUUCACAACAAAUCCAGCAUAAGCCAAUGUCUGAUAACAGUAUUCAACGAGCAUUGCUACCUGAUAACCCUGAUGCCAAUGUGCUCCAAACAAAGCCUUCGCAGGGAGCCAAGCGGUUCCGGAGAUGCAGGUCGGCUCCCAGAUCAGAGACCGAUGAAAAACCACAAGAAAAUGGCUCGUCGCUUCCAGCCAAGGAGUUGUUCAGCGUGGUGCGGCCGAGCUUCAGACUAGUAGGGUUCCUCCUAUUUCUCUACCUACUAGCAGGCGUCAUCGUCUUUUACCUUGUCAUGGAUCAGUUAUCUGGCAAGAGAACCAACAGAGUGCUUGACGCACUGUACUUCUGCAUUGUCACGAUGACAUCGGUUGGCUAUGGAGACCUUGUCCCUAACACAGACACGACGAAGCUGCUCGCCUGUGUUUUCGUCUUCACGGGCAUGGCGAUCAUUGCUCUCUUCGUGAGCAAGUCAGCAGACUAUCUCGUCGAGAAGCAGGAGGUGUUGUUCUUCAAGGCACUGCACAUGAACAUGAAGUGUGGCGAGGCCAAAAUGCUCAGACAAAUUGAGACAAACAAGACAAAGUACAAAUUCUACACGGCCGCUCUGCUUCUUGUGACGGCCAUUGUUGUGGGGACUGUUUUUCUCUGGAAGGUUGAGAAGCUGAGCCUUGUUGACUCCUUUUAUUGUGUCUGUGCCACAAUCACUACCCUGGGUUAUGGGGAUAAAAGCUUCUCGUCCCAAUUGGGGCGCACUUUCGCGGUGUUUUGGAUAAUUACAAGCACCAUAAUUCUGGCGCUGUUCUUCAUGUACCUCGCUGAGAUCUACACCGAGCGACGGCAGAAGAUGCUGGCCAAAUGGGUUCUCACACGGAGAGUAACAACCAUGGAUCUUGAAGCAGCUGAUCUGGAUAGUGAUCGGAAAGUGGGUGCUGCUGAAUUUGUCGUGUACAAGCUCAAAGAACUGGGGAAGAUCAGCCAAGAGGACAUAUCUUCUUUUCUAGAGGAGUUUGACAAACUCGACAUUGACCAGUCCGGCACGCUCUCCACAUAUGACCUUACUCAGGCACAAUCCGGUCAGUGACGAACAUAUGGGCUUGUACUUAAUGUUACAGCUUAAAUGGUUGAAUGGUUAGUUAAUGCUGUUAAUUAAUUCUGUAAUCUAGUAAAAGUGUCAAAAGAUACGACCUUGUUGAGUUAACACAAUGGAUCUGCUCAUAUGCACCUGGACACGUGUAAGAAAGAAGUAUUUGGUGAUGCUUCGCUAAGCUUAUGUGCCUGUGUACAUGAAGUUUGUUAAGCUAUUUUCCAGUCAUGAAAUAUUUCCAGCUUCCAAUA